AAAACCCGAGCAAAAAUUGUUGAUAUAAAUUUUAUAGGUUCUCACAAACAUUGGCCGUUAAUAAAAACACGCCCUCUGCAUCAUUUAUGUGUUGUUAUUGUUCAACUUGAGUAUUUGAAUCUGAAUAUGGCUCCAGAAAUUUCGAAAACCCAUGAAGCAUUUCGCAGCUCCGAAGAUUCAGAUUCAGAGGAGUUGGAGAGGUUGGAGUCUGAUUUGAAGGAAAUGUCGCACAAAAUUCUUGAAUUUCGAUCAACUCUUCCGGAUCAGCUCAAAUCCACACUCCUUUCGGUUCUCGAAUCCCAAAGACCCUUUCUUCCUCAAUUCAAUUCAGGUGCUUCUGAUCAAAACAUUUCCAGAGAGGGAAGUUCAUCUACUGCAGAAGAUCCAGAGAGUGCUGAGAAAGUAAAAUUACUAAAGGAGAAGAUCUCAAGCAAUUGUGCUGCUAUGCCAAUAGUUUUGAAAAGGAUGAAAGAUUGCAUUGCGAAAAUUGAAAAGUUAGAUUCAUAUAAUGCUGCAAACAUACAUCAAGGCUUCAAAAGGAAGAAGACUGGAUAAAGACCAAGGAACUUGCUAGUGUAGAAUUGUACGGCAAAUCACUAUUUAAUGAAACUGAGAUUGUUUUGAAGAGGAAGAUGAGGAAGAUAUGUCGCAUGUUUUGCAAGGAAUGUAAAUUUGGGAUAAUACAAUGCGUGUUUUCAAGAGUGCAAUGUAAAAAGUGUGUUUCAUUUCGCUGAGACGUAUGUUUAGUAUGAACCACAUGGUCCUUGGUAGCUGAUUAAAUUUCAUAGUUAACUAAUAUUAGCUAGCAAAUUUUUUUA